AACGAGGAUCAAAAACUAUCCGAACGAAGCGGAAGAGGUGGUUUGAGCGUCGGCUUACAUCCGUCACUGCUGGAUAACUCUACUUUACGACCCACUCCAAAUCAGCAUGGCCACCGGUCUGGGGCGUCACAGAAGAGCAGACCUGUGCCCAAGGUGAAAAGCAAUCCUUACAUUGCCGACGAAGAAGAGCUGAAAGAUGCUCAAACGAAAGGUAGCGAAAGAAAAAGCAAAGCACUCUCUUUCUUCGAACAUGGAAAAUUCAUCGCCCAGGGCAAUGCUCAACGAGAAGCUGCGCAGUUAGAGGAAAUGAAGCGUAGGAUUGCACUUGACGCCAGGAAAACACAAAUCGAAGAGGCUUCAGAUCGAGCAUUCGUAAUCUCCCGACCGCCAGCGAUCGAGUGGUGGGAUGAAGCUGCGUUGCCUGAUGGCUGCACAAGCUAUGAGGGCGUCGACACAGCUGACGUGGUCAAGAAUAGCGAGGUCGAUGGGCGCAUCACAGACCUUGUGUGCCAUCCAGUACUACUGCAGCCACCUCAGGAAAAGUUUUUGCAGCCGGUGAAGCCACUGAUGUUGACGCCCAAAGAAAUGGCCAAACUUCGGCGGCAGAGGCGUCGAGCCGACAUGAAGGAGGAACAAGCCAGAAUACGCAUGGGCUUGGUGCCGCCACCACCUCCCAAAGUGAAGAAGAGCAAUAUGAUGCGAGUGCUGGGUGAACAAGCUGUCAAAGAUCCAACCGCAGUUGAGGCUCGUGUCAAUCGCGAGAUCGCACAACGUCAAAACGACCAUGAGCAGGCCAACGCUGAUCGAGCACUCACCAAAGAGCAACGGCUAGAGAAAUUAAAAACACAACAGGUCGGAGACGCCGCGAAGGGCCUUAAAAUCGCCGUGUUUCGAGUUGACGACCUCAGCUCGGGCAAACACCGAUACCAGGUUGAUGUUGGAGCCAAAGAUAAUGCGUUGACCGGUGUGGUGGUCAUGAACCCAACAAUGUAUCUCAUCAUCGUCGAGGGUGGGGAGCACAGCAUGAAAAAGUAUCGCAAGCUGCUCAAUCGCAUCAAGUGGACCGAGAAUGAGCCGCCCAAAUCGGGAUCCAACCCCACAACCUUUACUGGAACACGCGUCGAAGAUUCAUCACGAGGCAAAGGCAGCAAAGCCGCGGAGUGGUGUAAUCCGUAUCAUGCAGAUGGGACUCUGAAGGACCUGAGCUCUAAUCGAUGCACGCUUGUCUGGGAGGGUGAUGAGGCGGAGCUCAAGUACAAGAAGUGGGAGCCACGGACGUGCGAAACUGACGGUGAAGCUAAAGAUUUCCUCAAACGAUCAGGCAUGGAAAAUAUGUGGACUCUGGCACGAAGC